CAAAAAUUUUAUAGUCGUAAUUCUUAUUCACUUUUCUUGCCAAGAGUCAGUCGUUUGGAAGGGCGCCGAAAUUUAAUUUUUUUUCAGAAAUUGUUUCUAAAUUGGCAUUUUGUGACAGUCUGCAUAAUAAAAGUAAAUGGAACUAUACAUAAAUUGAUAUAUACUGUAUCAAAGAUCAAUUAAAUGUAGAUAUAUCAUUUGGAAAGAGAUGAUAUAUACAUUAUGAAGCUAACUUCUUUUUGUGAUUUGGACCGAAUUUCAAUGUAAUUUUAUCUACAAAUGUUGGAAUGUUAUGCAACUACAAAUGCCAAGGCUUCAUCUAACUUUCUUCAGAAUAAUUCAUGUGAGUUAUAAAUUAUUGCAAGUGUCACGAUCUUUCACAACCAAGCCGACUAUGGUACGUGUGUUGAAUGUGGCAGAGAAAAAUGACGCUGCUAAGUCAAUAUCAGAUAUUAUGUCAAGAGGUGGAUAUAGAAGAAGAGAUGGAUUUUCUGUGUAUAACAAGAUUUAUGAGUUUGACUACAAUCUAAUGGGGCAAAACGUUACAAUGACUAUGACAUCUGUAUCUGGACAUCUCCUGGGACUGGAAUUCACUGGGCAGAAUAGGAAAUGGCAUGGGUGCAGUAUUCAGAACUUGUUUGAAGCUCCUGUUGUUAAAGAAUGUCCUGAAAACUUUAUAGAUAUCAAGCAUACACUUGAACGAGAGGUACGAGGUUGCCAGAAACUUGUUAUAUGGACAGAUGGAGACAGAGAGGGGGAGAACAUUGGGUUUGAGAUCAUACAAGUCUGCACAGCAGUGAAACCAAACAUACAAGUCUUUCGAGCCAGGUUUUCAGAAAUCACACCCCAGGCUAUAGCGCGGGCCUGUGCUAACUUACAGCCCCCUAACAAGAACAUUAGUGAUGCUGUGGAUGUCAGACAAGAGUUGGAUCUUAGAAUAGGAGCUGCUUUUACAAGAUUCCAGACUUUGCGGCUACAAAAGGUAUUCCCAGAUGUCCUUAGCAACCAGGUGAUCAGCUAUGGGAGCUGUCAAUUCCCAACUUUAGGCUUUGUUGUGGAGAGAUAUAAACAAAUGCAACAAUUCAUUGCAGAACCAUUCUGGAAAAUCAAAGUGAUUCACACUUCAGAAGAUGGGACUUGUGAAUUUUCCUGGAAAAGAGUAAGGCUGUUUGAGCAAACUGCUGUAUUAGUGCUAUAUCAACACUGUCUAGAUGACCCUCUGGCACGGGUUAUUGAGAUAAAGACCAAACCAAAGUCUAAAUGGAGACCUGUUGCCCUAGAUACAGUGGAGAUGGAGAAAUUAGGUUCCAGAAAGUUACGCAUUGGGGCAAAGGAGACAAUGAAGAUCGCUGAGAGUCUCUAUACAAAGGGUUUCAUAUCAUACCCCAGGACAGAGACCAACCAGUUCCCUAAAGAUUUGGACCUAAAUGCACUCGUUCAGUUGCAGACAGCAGACCCUAACUGGGGAGGUUUUGCUGCAAAUCUUUUGCAAACAGGAGCCACUCCACGCAAUGGCAAGAAGACAGACAACGCUCAUCCCCCUAUACAUCCCAUUAAAUAUACAGACAGCUUACGGGGAAAUGAUGCAAAGUUAUAUGAGUUCAUUGUCCGCCAUUUUCUUGCGUGUUGUUCCCAGGAUGCACAGGGACAGGAAACUACAGUUGAGAUUGACAUAGCUCAGGAACGGUUCACAGUGAGUGGUUUGAUGAUCUUGGCUCGCAAUUAUUUGGAGGUCUACCCCUUUGAUAAGUGGAGUGAUAAGGUUGUGCCCCGCCUUCAGCAAAAUGAGACAUUCCAACCAACCUCUAUAGAGAUGGUUGAUGGAGAGACUUCAGCGCCAUCUUUACUCACAGAGGCAGAUCUAAUAUCUCUGAUGGAGAAACAUGGAAUUGGUACUGAUGCGACCCAUGCAGAACACAUUGAGAAAAUCAAAGAGAGGCUAUAUGUCGGGGUUGGAAACGAUGGCAGGUUUCUCCCUGGGGAGCUGGGAAUGGGACUGGUAGAGGGGUAUGAUGCUAUGGGUUUUGAGAUGUCCAAACCACACUUGAGAUCAGAGUUAGAGGCUGAUCUGAGUCGCAUAUGUGAUGGAAUAAAGAAUAAAGAUGUUGUUUUGCAAGAGCAAGUUAACAAGUAUAAAGAAGUAUUCAUGGCAGCUGCGGACCAGGCAAACAGAAUAGACGAGGCAUUAGCAGCCUACUUUGGGGAGGCUCAAGAAUAUACACCUCAGAAUGAUGGUGCUGCAAUGUCUCAGCCAGUCAUGCAAUGCAGUAUUUGUAACAGUGAUAUGCAACUCAGGACAAAGAAAGAUGGAAACGGGUAUUUCAUAAGUUGCAGUGGCUACCCACAAUGUAAGAAUGCUAUAUGGCUGCCAUCCUCUGUGGUCUCAGUAGAAGUCUCUAACACUCACUGUGAACAGUGUCGGUCAAGACCUCGGCUUCUAGAUUUCAAAUUCAGACGAGGCUCUAUGCCGCCAUCUAUCCCAAGUCAGUACACUGGCUGCAUAGGAGGAUGUGACGAUGAUCUGAUUGAGUCACUGGACAUUAAACACCAACUUAAUAGAACUGCAAACCAAAUAAAUACACAACAAAAUAGGACUCAAAAUGCUAGGACUCAAAAUAAUGGGACCCAAAACACUAGACAAGGAAUUGAUAUGAAUCCACCUAGGAAUAUUGGAGGAAGGGGUGCUAAUAUGGGAGGUAGGGGUGGGAAUAAUGGGGGAAGGGGAAGAACUAUAGGAGGGAGGGACAGUAAUGGACACGGUGGAAAUAAUCAAAAUACAAGAGGAUUUGGGAAUAACACCCAGAAUACACGGAACUUUAGUGGUGCUAGUAAUGCGAGUACGAGAGGAGGUGGUGAUGCCUCCAGGGGUAGGGGAGUAAUGAGACCUCCCCUGCAGCCAGUGUCACGGGGUGGGGAAGGGGAUGGGGAGAAUUCUACCGUGUGCAACUGUGGCGAAGAUGCUGUCGAGAGAACUGUCAGGAAAGAAGGACCAAAUACAGGUCGAAAGUUUUAUGCAUGUGGCAAAGGCCAGGAGGGAGGCUGCGGCUUCUUUCUAUGGACAGAUCAGGAUGGUGGGGGAGGAGGUGGAGGAGGAGGUGCAGGAGGGGAUAGGGGAGUUGGAGGGGGCCAGGCACAGAACAACCAACAACAAGGACAUAGGUACAACAGAGACAGAGGACCUGCUGAUUACUCUGCUGACAACCAGGAUGAUGAGGAGGUGAAGUGCAACUGCAAUCAGCCAGCAAAAAGUUUAACUGUCCAAAAGGAAGGGCCAAACCAAGGGCGACCAUUCUAUGGAUGUAUGAAACCAAGAAAUGAGGGUCAGUGUGGAUUUUUCCAGUGGGGAGACCAACCAGCAAAUCCUAAUCCACCAGGUGGAAGAGGAGGGUAUUCCAGAGGAGGUAUGCAACCAGGGGGCUACAGAGGAGGUUAUCAAAGAUCAGGGGGAGGAGGACAGGCUACUAGGGGCAAGAGGAAAUGUUCAGUAUGCCACAAUGAAGGACACACCAAGAACAAAUGUCCAAGAACAAACUCUUGACAAAAUAUGAUCUUAGAAGAUUGUGUAGUCAUCAGUCUAGAAAUAGACCAAUCAGGUCAACCAUGCCACUUACUGGUUAUGAUGUUAUUCUUCCACUUUUUGAGCCAAAAUAGGAUUAACGUAUUACAAAAUUUUAAAAACUAGUACGAGCUUUAUCCUAUCAAAACAUACAUUGCUGGAUUUAUUGUACAGGUAUAUUUCUCUGUUUUCUAUCUGGUAGGACAUGAUAUGGUGGUCCAUAUUUACUCUUAUACUGUAUGGGUUAAAAGAGCAUCAGCAUUUUUCAGGUUUUUAAAUAAAGUACAGAACAUGACAAAGAUGUAGGAGAAUCACACUAUUAGUUGAUGAAUUGUUUAAUAUUUGCAUUUAUCUGAUCAAGAAAUUCAGUUUCUUAUCCAGUCAAUAUUUUAGUUGAAAAUCGAAUGCAUGUAUCAUCUUCGAAUCUUGUAUAAAAGUUUCAACAAAACAAAUGAUUUAAAACAUUAACAUACAUCUGUGUAGAUGUUGAUUUAUUCAUAGUUAUACAGUAUAUACUACUAGGUUGUAAUACUACAAUGGCCAAUGUAAGAUAUAUUACAUGUAUGUUAAACUACAGAUGUAAACACAUGUAUUUAAUGGAGGUUCAAAUGAAAUAAGCCUAUUUGAUUCUGAAAUGAAACUUUCAUAUGCCAUAAUAAACUGCAAAAUUAAAUAAAUAUUGUUAAGUGCUUGUAAAAAUGAAAUACAUUUGGACAUGAAAGAA